AGUAUUGUUUUAGGUGUGUAAAGUGCUUGGGAAAAUGCAACAUGUCUUUCCGAGAGGGAUUUGAAAAACUUCUCAGUUGGACUUGCAAAGCCCUUGGUAUGGACGAUUUCAGCAGACAGUGUAUGGUACAGACAUGCACUGUUUGUAAUGGGGACACAGAAUUCUAUUGCAAGACAUGUGAAAGUAACCUAUGUCUACAGUGUAAAGAGAGACACAACAGUUAUCUAGACACAGUGUGCCAUGAUGUUGUGAUUUAUAGAGAGAAAUUUGAAAGCAUCCAAAAAGCUGAGAGUUGUGGAAGACAUCCAGAAAUGUUAUAUGAAAUGUACUGUCAGUCUUGUGAACUUCCUGUCUGUAAUCUAUGUACGGAACAUAGAAAUCACGAAAAGCUGGAUCUUAAAGCUGCUUAUAGUAAAACUCGACAGCAACACAAAGAAAUUAUUCACAAAAUAAGAAGCGAGAUUCUGCAUAGAAACUAUAGUGUCUUAUCACGGAUUCAGAAUCACACGAAAACAUGCAAUUUGAAGAUCUCAGGUAUUCAAUCAGCAAUGUCCUCAAAAGCUACAAGACUAAAGAGUCUAACUGAUACUGUGUUGUUAAAUGAUAUAAAAAAAUGCAGCCUCAUUUUGUUUCAAACACUGCAACAUCAGAAGUCCAAACUAAAUACAUUUCUUGCUAAAUCGGAAUACUGUGAACACCGAAGUGAGCAUUUACUGUACAGACCUGUACAAUUCCUUUUAGUCUACAAGAAAACUUUAAUCAACAAGAUCAAAGCAACUGCACAGGUAAAGCAGGUGCCUCUUUUGUCAAUAAGUGAUAAUUUAAAAAAAGCUGAUGUGAGUCUGUUAUUAAAAGAAACCCAAAGUGAAAUCAUGAAAACAGAAAUAGUAAAUGAACAGCUGCUGAAAAUGGUGUCUAAACCUGUGUUAAAAAGAUCAGUCAAAGUAAAUGAUAUCAGUUAUGUUUGUCAUAUUUCUAUUGUGACACCAGAUAAAUUCUGGGUCAGUGAUUGGAACAAUCUCAUCGUGACAGACACAUCUGGUAAAACUCUUCAGAAAGUUACAGACAAAGCUGCAUUUCCAGGUGUACACACAGUAUCAAAAGCUGGAGAACUUCUUUAUAUUGACAUCAAAGGAGAUGUCAAAAUUCAAACAGACAGCCAAUCAAAGGUCAUGCGAAUGGAGAGAACAGAAUCACCAAUCAGUCUCCACUACUGUGCCUUCGCUGGUGACAUUCUUCUUGGUUUUAGGGGAUUUCAUACAAAAGUUAAUAUUUCUUAUGCAGGCAUAGUAAAGCAGUAUGACAGCAUUGGGGAAGAAAUCCAAACACUCCAAUUUGACCACAAAGGUGAAAAUUUAUUUGGAGAUCCAAGGUACCUCACAAAAAAUUGCAAUGAAGAUAUCAUUGUGUCAGAUUAUACUUUCAAUGCUGUAGUCGUGGUUGACUCGGCGGGCAAACAUCGGUUCUCUUACACGGGACCUCCACCAGGAUCAGGACUGAAACCAGGACUACUACCUCAAGGAAUCUGUACAGACGCCCUGUCACACAUCCUGGUGGUUGAUACCCUCACUGACACUGUACAGAUGAUUGACAAGGAUGGUAAUUUCUUGUCCAUCCUGUUGACCAAACCAGGGAGUAUACAUGAGCUGUAUGGUCUGGCCUAUGAUCACAAAACUCAUCUGCUUAUUGUUGGGCGUGGAUCAUCAGAAUGCACCGACAUAGUGUCUGUAUAUAGAUACAUAGAAAGGCAAAACUACGUUUUGACUGAUACAUAAGAUAGGUACAUGUCUUA